GGCAGUCAGCUGAUGUCAUGGCAGGGAGGAGGAUGUGUGUGGCAACCCGCAGUGCAAUCCUUUAUUCUUAGUGUGGUGGUCGUGUGCGGCGGUAAGGCAGUGCAGCUGGUGAGGCCUGACAGAAGGGAGACAGAGCCAUAAUCAUGAGUGGGUUUGACGAGGUCCUGGGCACGAGAAUAGAGGUGAGGAGGAGAACUUUGGGGCAGUCCAUGGACCUCUCGGAUGGCUCGGUGGACCAGGACUUGUUAUUCCCGGAGUUCACCAAGUUGCUGGAGGAUACGGUGCCCGGCGACGACGAGAGCGAGGGCUGCCCGCUCCCAGGCACCCCCGAGGACGAGUCUCUCAUUGAUUCCAAAGAGGACGAGGAGCUUCGACACAGAGUGGUUAACCGAGAGUCCCACGAUGAUGACCUGGUGCUCAGCUCGAUGGCCCAGAGUGCCUUUGAGACGGCGGAGGAGCUGGUGCACAAGGUCUGGGAGGAGGUGAGCAGCUGGAAGACCCAACCCUUCUCCAAGCUGCCCAAGUGGCUUCAGGACAACGAUUACCUGCAUCACUGGCACAGACCGCCUCUUCCCUCCUUCGCCGCCUGCUUCAAGUCCAUCUUCAGGAUACACACAGAGACAGGCAACAUUUGGACACAUCUGUUGGGCUGCAUAUCCUUCAUCGGGGUGAUGGUGUACUUCCUGACGGGCUCCUCGCUGGGCCAACACUGGGUGCAGGUGGACCUGAAGGAGAAGCUGGUGUUCACGGCCUUCUUCAUCGGCGCCAUCUUCUGCCUCGGCCUCUCCUUCACCUUCCACACAGUCUCCUGCCACUCUGAGUUUGUGGGCAAGCUCUUCAGCAAACUAGACUACUGUGGCAUCGCCCUGCUCAUCAUGGGCUCCUUCGUGCCAUGGCUGUACUACGGCUUCUACUGCGACCUACAACCCAAGCUCAUCUACCUGACGGCUGUGGUGCUGCUUGGGAUCACCACCAUCGUCGUGUCACUGUGGGAGAAGUUCAGCACACCCACUUUCAGGCCUCUCAGAGCAGCGGUGUUCCUGACCUUCGGGUUGUCAGGCAUCGUCCCAGCGGUACACUACACGCUGAUCGAGGGCUUUGACUACGCCAUCACGCGAGCCUCCAUGGGCUGGCUCAUCCUCAUGGGGGCGCUCUAUGUCAUCGGCGCGCUCCUCUAUGCCGUCAGGGUGCCCGAGAGGUUCUUCCCCGGCAAGUGUGACCUCUGGUUCCAAAGUCACCAAAUCUUCCACAUCCUGGUGAUUGCGGCGGCCUUCGUCCACUACCACGGCAUUUCCGAGAUGGCCAUGUACCGUCUCACGCACGGGGACUGCAGUGCGGAGGACCUGGCCGCCAUGGAGACUCAGGAGCUACUCUGAGGCCGCCUUGCUGGUGUGGCAGGAAUGGGAGGGGGGGGCGAGUGUGGCUGAGGGAGAGCCGCACCCUGGCUGGCCCAUUGGGGGGGAGGGGGAUGCAUGAGGGGGGGGAGAAAGAUAGAAAGCCACACUUUUUUCAUUUUAUUUAUUAUGUUUUCUCUCUUUUUCACUGUCAUCAUCGUCGUCGCAGAAGUUGAUGUGGAAUGUGAAGAUUAUUUUUUUGCCGUUGAUUGUGCUAGUUCCUGUUUCUGGUUUUAUUUAUGUCUGGUAUACAAUAUCUAAUUAUUAUUAUUAUUAUUAUUAUUAUUAUUAUUGAUGGUUAAGCUUACAUGUGUUACCCCGGAGGGUCCUGACAGAAUUUAAGAAGUCCCUGUUCAGAAAAAACAAAACGGGCAUCCGGUGAUUUCACUGAAACAAGUGAAGAAAAAAUAGGUUCAUCAUUCACAGCAUUUUAUAUUGAAGAAAAAAAAUGGUUUCAUCAUUCUUGGUAUUUAUGUUGAAGAAAAAAAUUGGUUCAUCAUUCCCAGCAUUUCUACACCAUCAUCAAGGAGGGAGAUCAGCGAGGAGUGUGUGUGUCAUGCUGAGGUGGCAACAGUAGCAGCUGGUGGCUCAUAACUGUGUCUUCAAUCAUUUUGCCAGCCUUAAGUUUGAGUGUUCUGUCCGUGUCAGCUUUUUGGGACUCAAAUAAUGAUGUCACUUUACGUAGAGGCGCGGAGCAUUGUCUAGCCGACCAGUGACUGAUGGAGCAGCGGAAAUAAGGCUGUGCUUGCUAAUCUACUUCCACCAUUCCAAUCAGUAAUCAUGAAAGGGAAAUAUGUAAACUGUUCUGGAAACAAAGCAUGGUGUUAAAAAUGAAUCUUGUCGAAAAUAAAGAUUAAUUAACACUUUGACAUUGGUUGGAAAAUAUACUGAGGCAAAAAAAUUCAGUAUUAGCACAAAAAGCAAUAAACAUUUCACUAUUUUGACAGCAGUAUAAUUUUCAUACUCCAAGUUAAAUCUUAAAAGUAUAUAUAUUUCCCCUUGCUAUGUGUGCUAAUUGGAAGUGUACAGAUUGUCAACCACAGCCUCCCAUCAACCCCUGAGAGGAGGGUCCCCACCACCACCACCAGCACCCUCCAGCCAGACAGCACAUGGUCAUUUCCACGCCUUGUGAUACUAGAGUUAUGCCAACACCAACACUAACAACGUGAAACUUUCUGGCAGUCUUGGUAUGAUUGUGUUCACAUUACAAGAAAGCGUUGUCGCAGUGUAAGCUUCUUUGUUGCACGUUGAUGCCUUGCUGUAUUGGCCUGCCACUUGUAAAGAUGCUAGCUAGGGAAUCUGUUACUGUAACCCUCCUUUAUGGUACCUUGUAAGAUAACUUGUCGCAAUGAAAUGUGGAUGACUGCAUGUUUAGGAAUGAAGCAUUUAUAUACAAGAUAAUCCUUAUUAUUAAACUUCUGUUAGGUGUCUAGCAGCUGCUAAGAAAAGUAUUUAGUGGAAGGCAAUGUUUAUAAAUGCUUGCUGCCUCCAUUGUUAUUUUUAUUUUGUACUUUUGUCUUCUUGUAUACUAUGUGCUCUCCAUCAUUACUUCCAUUGUUAUGUUGAACAGGGAACAUAUUUCCUUCCAAGACUGUUGGUGUGCUGCUUACAGCUCUGAACAUGAAGUACAAAAUUUGUCCCCAGAAAGUACAGUGCAUACUGUAGUAUUAAUGAGCUUUUGCAGGAGAACUCAGCCAAUUCAAGUUCUCCAUAUCACCUGUUACUCUUGUUACAAACAAUGAAUUUGGAGCUUCUGUAAUGUUUUCUUGAAAGGAAUGGGAUCCAGAUAAUGUAUAUGAAUGUUUUAGAUCUCCAACAUUGAAAUUGUUGGCCCAGCAUUGAUACACAUUUAUGCAAAGCUUCUGGUCAGGAGAAAAAGCUGCCCUUCCAACCCUGGAGCCCACCCUUGUGUGACAGGUUGAGGCAGGCACAGCAUCCACAGAAAAGCCCUUAACAUGAUGGUAAAUGUUUUUCAUUCACAUCCUGAUCUGCUGAUGUCAACCAUUUGUAUGCACUUCACUCAUUAUUGUAGAAUAUUUGUUAGACUAAAUUCAAUUCAUGAAAAUUAAGACAGCAGCAACUCUUAUUGAUUACAUCAAUAAAAUUGAUGUUUCCCUGAAUCCCUUUUCAAAUGGAGAUCAUCUUGAUAUGGCAGCAAGGCAACUACUGCAAGAGUCUGUAUGGUACUUACAUUUAUGCUCCAAAACUGGGUAUUAAAUAUAGCUGUAAGCAGCAAGGAAAACUGCAUCAUUUUCAAUAACCUGUGAAUCAUUUAUUUACAAACACUUCAUCUGUGUGUACAUGAGGAGGGUGCUUUUUGCAACAAAUACCACUGAUGGUCUUGUGUUGUUGUCCUCAUAACACUGACUCUUACCAAGUGAGAUUAUCAAGUCCGAGGUUGGCAAACAUUACCAACAAUGUGUUAGUUUCACAAAGCUUUGAUGGUAACAAUGUGUAUCCAGUGUGACAGGUGGAUAUGUGUUGGGAAAAUGAGUACGUAUACACACGGUAACUCUUGCAGCAGUGGCAACAGGGAAGAGUCAUACAUAUCACGUUGAAACUGAUGUGUGGUGCAGGAAAAGUGACACUGGUGUGCAUGUACAGUUGAACUUCAUGUAAAAGACUGAAGCUGUGGAGUUAUCAGGACAUGAAUGCCCACAGCCUCUGUUUGGUUAAUAUCCUUAUCAAGAGCUACAGAAAAUACACACACCUAAUCCUACCCUGAAGAGAUGACUGCAGCUUAUUCAGUGACCUUACAACACAUUGGAUCCCUUUGUCCUGGUUCUCUUACUGAUUCGAGGCUGGUCAGAACAACUUCACAUUCACAACUCAAUCACUGGCUAACAGUUAAAAUCAAAAGAUGGUGGACAUAGAGUAAAAGAAGAUCACUGCCAGGUGGAUUCUUUGAUAAUCAUUAGCCCCGCCUUACUUCCCCAUGGACUGCUGCUGCCAGACCCGUGGGAAGACUUGCAGCAGUCCUUUUACACCCUUCUCAUAUUUGCUGGAGUCGACAUCAGAUUGUAAGUUCUGAGGGCAAUUCUUAUAAUUACCUUCAGGGCAGCAGGAACUCUAGGCUGGUGGAUGCACUGCAACAACGGAGCUAAAAAUAUCAAGUAUUAUCAUUUUCCCAGUUGAUGGAAGUAAAAAAAAUUGUCCGAUUUUUCAGCAUUAAGCAAAUGAAUAGCUUCUUUUGUGUUUGUGUGUGAUCUUUAAUCAUUUGUGUGUCGUAAGAAACAUAUUAUUAGUACUAUGUUUUGUCCCCAUGUUAUUACAAUCUAGUGAGUGUUUCUUUAAAAAGUAUAGCUUGUCUGCUAAUAUGAUUGUAAUAGUUUUUUCAUAUGCCCUUACAUUCCACAUUAAAAAGUUAACAGCCUCCCCCACCAUACCCUCAGCCUCUCUUUGUCUGCCUUUAAUUAAAAUUUUGUGUAAGCCAAGUGGUUCGCAUGUUAUGUAAGGAAGUGAAGCGUAAGGUGGUCAUAGUGGGCCCUGCAGUAAUGUAAAUCUGUUUUGCUCAUACAGUUUGUAUCCAGCUAUGCAUCAAUAGCUGGAAGUUGCUUUUGUCUAGGUUGAAAUGCAAUUGUGAUGUUUAUUGUGCUGGCACCUUCAUUCAUGUGGAGAAUCAUCAAUCACAAGCCAUCUGGGACGUGAGUUACAUGUCUCAACCAUCUUGUCAUGCCUUAAAAGUGAUAAAAUCACACCUACUCGACAUUCUGUAAAGGUUAAGGAUCCUGAACAUUUCCAGGAGGUCAUGUGACUUGCCCCCGAUCACUGUGUCAAAACACAACCCGCGGGCCACGACAAGCAGGAAGGGAGCACACUGCUGAUCCAGGGUCGUGCUGUUCAGGGCAUUGCACUGGGCAUUAGGCUUCAGACUCCAACGUACAUUGACAUUCCUCAGAGCUGUCAGCCCACUCUCCUCACAAACAGUUGUGCUCGAACCAUCAACAACAGGGUGUUCAGUUGACCGGGAGUGAGUGAUAGUGAAGUGUUGUUCACCCUCGGCUCCCUGAGUCCCGCAGCACAGGGAUGCAGCUUGGAGACGAGGGUUCCUGGGGCAGCAGGUUGAGUGGACGUUGAAGAAACGUUGUCUUGAGGCUUCUGUUUUGUCAGUAUUCAGCAUUUAGUAAUGGCUGGCAGUGUGCUUACAUUUUUUGUGCCAGAACUCCUUUUGAUGAGGCAAAUUCCUUAGUUUCCCAACAAGAAUGCGAUUUUUGAGUCCUUGCUUUUGGUGUGGGUGUAGUACAGUUUGGUUUCAAGGCUGUUCUUGUGGUAGAGCCAAUACAGUGCAAGUCAACAUGUGAUGAACAAAGUUUGAUGGUUUAACAAAAAUAUUCCUGGCCAAAGGAAAUUAUCAUUUAAUAGUCGGCAUGUUUUCUCAAUAUGCUUUUACUGGUAGAUCAUACUGCAUAGGAACAUCUAGGUAGGUUUAUUUAUUUCUCACAACAUAUUAAUUUGUCAUGUCACAGUUUAUAUGGAAGACAAAUGUUACAACCGGAACACACUCAUUGUUUGUUACACUGUAAUGAAAAUAUAAAGGAAAUAUAUUAUAAUGAAUAUA